CACGUCACAAACCAGAAUGCGGAAACACGUGGUUUUUGACUGACUAACGUUAUUUCCUCAUAUGAAUUUACUAAAAUAUUACUUGUUAUGACUUCGACGGAUAUUAACACAACAGAUAGGAUGCAGAGUUCCAAGGUGUUGACCCUGGUGAUGGUGGUCCAGCCUGGCAGGGUCCUGCUGGGCAUGAAGAAGCGAGGAUUCGCCGCUGGGAGGUGGAACGGUUUUGGAGGCAAGGUUGAAGAUGGAGAAACUAUUGAGGAAGGAGCAAGGAGAGAACUCCUUGAAGAAAGUGGCCUCACAGUGGAUGCUCUCGAAAAGGUGGGAAAUAUAAAGUUUGAAUUUGUCGGAGAGACGCAGCUGCUGGACGUUCAUAUUUUUAGAGCGGACUCGUACAACGGAGAACCAAUUGAAACCGAAGAAAUGAGACCCCAGUGGUUCGACUGGGACAAAAUCCCCUACAGCCAAAUGUGGCCCGACGACAUCAUGUGGUUCCCCAUGCUGCUGCAGAAGAAGAAGUUUUCUGGCUACAUGCUCUUCCAGGGCCAUGACGUGAUCCUCAGCCACAAGCUGGAGGAGGUGGACGAGCUGUGAGGGGGAGGAGCCGUUUGUGAUCUUCAUGAAGCAGCCCCUCAUGCACAGCUGCUUCAUCAGAGGGCCCGUUUCAAUCCGUUGUGUUCACCGAAGAGACAGCCCAGCUUUGGCUGGAGUUCGUUCCAUACUUCGCCCAUCUGGAAGAAAUUGUUUUAAUGAACUUACUCUGGAACAAAUAAUGCCCACUUCAUCUUUACAAAAAAAAAGACAAAGAACAACACUGCAAAAAGUCAGUGUUCAAAAACAAGAAAAAAAUUAGGGGUAUUUUAUUUGAACUAAGCAAAAUUAUCUGCCAAUAGGACAAGAAAAUUUGGCUUGUCAAGACUUUCCAAAACAAGUAAAAUUAGCUAACCUCAGGUAACCCAAAAAUACCUCAAAAUAAGUAAAUUCUCACUAAUAACAAGUGCACUUUCUUGGUAAAAAAUAAGAGACCUUUUUGCGCAAUAUGUUGAAAAAUGUUCUUAAACGAAGUAAAUGCUAGUGCCAUUAUCUUGACAUAAUGUUAUGCGCUCAGCAUUACAUUUCUUGAAACCAGCAAACUUAUACUAAAAACUAAUUUAUUGUUCUUAAUGGAAAGGCAACAAGGCAACCGCUUGUUACUCUCGGGGUCUCCUAGCCGCUCAGGCAAAUCAUAUGGUCUAAAAAUGCAUUUUUCCAUCGAUAACAUGACAUCAUCGCGCCAAGUGCGUGCUCUUUCAGUCAAUUAGUGCGCAUAUAUACAGCCCGGCCCCCAGCCAACAUUUUUUUAAUUGUAAUUUGGAAGAAUUUAUCUGAAUGUGCAUGAAUUAUACUAC